AUGUCUGGAACAACCACUGAUGCCAACUCAAAUCGAGUGCCAGACGAUUCGACACAAACCCCACGAGAGGCCCAAGAUGUAGCCAUCACUGAUGCUAAUAUCGGAUCUAGUGGCCGUCCAGGUAUUCGGACUGGAAAGGGUGGUCCGAAGCAAUCUCAGAAGGUCAAGUUCUCUGUGGACGGUGGUGAAGGCUCGAAUGAACAAUAUGAUACCAGACCUCGGGAUACUUUAGGCCAUCCUAUUCCAGAGAUACGAGUGCCUAUAUCGGAGGACGUUGCAGACCAUACUCUUACUCCGCCAGAUUGGGAAGGAAGAACGAAUGCUGCGGCUGCUCAUGCAUUGACUCGAGCCAGUCGAUUGGCAAAUAGACUGAGCACUCCCGGCACGACAAUGGUGCCCUCAGGGUCUAGUACACCUAUCUACAACCCCCACAGAGGCAAUGCAGAUUAUGCGUCCCCUGACACAUCCCCAAAGACCAAACCACUCAACGACUGGCCGAUCAACAUUGGCGAUAUUCCCAUGACGACACUUGACCGAGAGAAGCGGCCAUAUAGCUUUCACGAUGACACGACUGAUGACGACACCGAAGUUGAUGAGCCAAAGCCACUGAAACGUGAGAAUGAAAACUUCGAAGAAGCACGGCGGAUAUAUCGAACUCUGACGAGUGGUCACAAUCUAUCACAGUUGCAAGAACAUUCAAGGUACGUCAGACGUGCGGAUCGCGACGGUCUAGCCGCCGCGAUACAACAUAUAAGCUUGAUGAAUCCUCGGCUUACAUAUUACAGAUCUGGAACAGCAACACCCGCCAUCGACAAGCGUCUUCAUGAUGUUGACUACGUACCUGUGCCAGAUGAGUAUCGACCGGGGAUUUUUGGUGCCAUUCUAUCGUCAAAAUUGGCCAAUCUGCAGCGCCAUGAGAAUCUCCUUCCACUUUACCAUGAAGAUGCCCCCUCCCAGGGGCAAAAUAAGACACAUCAUAAAGAAUCUUACUCCAAAGCACAUUCGAGGUCGAACUCAGAAACUUUGAAUUCUUCGGGGCAGUCGUCUGGGCGUGCUACGCCCUCUAAGCGACCUAAGUGGUACGAUUCAGACAAUCAAUCCACAGGAUCCAUGGCAACUUUAUUGGCACAAGCUUCGAUAGCUUCCACUGCUGCAGCUGCUCCAGGAACAAGUGGAUAUGUUCCCAGACCUCAUUUACCGAGGGCAAAGUCAUCUAGCAGUAUGAUUGCCACUGCAGUUGACAUGAUCAAGCAUCCUGGUAAUCACUUCCACAUUAAAUUAGAGCAGAUAAAACAAGCUGAAGAGGAGGAGAGAGUUAUUCAGGAUGUCGCCGAAAUAAUUGCCUGUCGAAAAUAUCUGAAGAAAUUGGCACGAUCGUUAAUGGCCGUUGGUGCUCCUUCCCACCGCCUGGAAGAAUAUAUGAAGACGUCAUCAAGAGCUCUCAAUAUCGAUGGCGACUUUCUCUACUUACCCGGGUCCAUGCUUGUAUCGAUCAAUGACAAGUUGACCAUGAGCACAGAAGUUACGCUGGUAAGAGAAUCUCAAAGUGUUGAUCUUGGAAAAUUCAAGGACGUCUUCGAAAUUUAUAAAUGCGUCAUACAUGGCAAGUACACCGCUCAAGAAGGCACUGACGAGCUCGAAACUAUCAUGAAGAAGCCACAACGCCAUAGUGAAAUGUUGCGCAUUUUUGCCUACGGUGUGGCGGCUGUAGCGGUGGGGCCAUUUGCGUUCGCCUCUCGUCCAGUGGACUUCGGACCCAGCUUCAUUCUUGGAUGUGUGCUUGGAUUCCUACAGCUUGUCGUGGUCACCAGAUCACAACAAUUUUCCCAUGUUUUCGAGGUGCUUGCUACAGUGAUCAUCGCAUUUGUCGCUCGUGGUCUCGGUUCAAUAUAUCAUAAUGGCACGCCCGUUUUCUGCUUUUCAGCAAUAGCACAAAGCAGUAUUGCCUUGAUCUUGCCCGGUUACACUGUGCUUUGUGCGGCCCUUGAACUGCAGAGCAAGAACAUGGUGGCCGGAUCGGUUCGAAUGGUCUAUGCCAUUAUAUAUUCCCUCUUCCUCGGUUUUGGUAUAUUGAUUGGGAGUGUCAUCAUGGGCUUGAUCUACCCCGGGGCACAAAGCGACGUGACAUGUGACAUUCCUGCGUGGUGGAAUACCGACAACCUCGACUUCAGACUGAUAUACGUCAAGUUUAUCUGGGUACCAAUCUUUGCAAUAUGUCUAGCCAUAAUCAAUCAGGCCAAGUGGCGUCAGGUUCCCGUCAUGACCUUGAUCGCCUUCGCCGGGUAUCAAGCCAAUUUCUGGGUUUCUACCCGCAUCGCCAAUAACAUACAAGUAUCGAACGCGAUCGGAGCAUUUGUGAUCGGAUGUAUGGCCAACCUAUACAGUCGCUUUUUCCAUGGUCUGGCCGCUGCGGCAAUGUUGCCCUCAAUCUUUGUUCAGGUGCCAAGUGGUCUAGCAGCAAGUGGAAGUCUAGUCGCAGGCAUUACUAGUGCCAAUCAGAUCAGUGGGAAUGCCACGGGUGUCAGUAUCAUUAACAAUGGCACGGCGGGAUUCUUGAGUGCACAAGAUGGAGGAGCCAAUACGAACGUCUAUUCUGGGACGAUCUUCAAUGUUGGAUAUGGUAUGGUGCAAGUGGCAAUUGGAAUUAGUGUUGGACUGUAUUUGAGCGCUUUGGUUGUAUAUCCUAUUGGCAAAAGGAGGAGUGGUUUGUUCAGCUUUUGA